AUGUCAUCAACAAAAAGAACUAAUUGGACAUCUACAAAAAGAGGCCGAAUUGUCAUAUUGAGAGAAAAUGGCCUCUCUUAUGCUGAAAUUGCAAAACACAUUGGUUUUUUAAUGACCUGUUAUGGUGUACGAAAGUUCCGUUUACGUUAUGAAAAAACGAAAUCAGUGAAAAAUAAAGCCAAAUCAGGCCGAGAAAAUGCACAAAUUGCCCUGAGGGUGAGGCUUCAUGGUUAUGCCCCAAAGAACAACUUUGGCAAUCAAGAAAUCAAAAAAGCAAAAAUACACUCUAGAAUAAAUAGAAUUUUGGAUGCACCAGGUGGAACUGGCAAAACAUUUAUUAUUUCGCUAAUUCUCGCUGAAAUACGAUCGAAUAAUGGCAUCGCUUUGGCGGUUGCAUCAUCUGGCAUUGUGGCAACUUUAUUGGAUGGAGGCAAAACAGCUCAUUCAGUAUUUAGGCUGCUACAAAAUAUUCAAGACAACUCAGAUGCAGUGUGCAACAUAAAAAAGCAAUCGUCUAUGGCCACAGUGUUGAAACAGUGUAAAAUUAUCAUCUGGGAUGAAUGCACUAUGGCACACAAACAUUCGCUUGAGGCGCUGAACAGGGCAUUGAAAGAUAUAAAAAACAAUGACAAAUUAUUUGGCGGCACUCUGUUACUCCUUUCAGGUGAUUUCAGACAAACAGUUCCCGUCAUUCCGCGUUCAAAGUACGCUGACGGGAUCAAUGCUUACUUGAAAUCAUCUCCACUGAGGCGUAAUGUUGAAAAAGUUCAACUAAAAGUAAAUAUGCGCGUCCAAAUGCUUCAAGAUCCAUCUGCUGAAACAUUCUCAAAACAAUUGUUAUAUAUCGGUGAUGGAAAAGUUACUAAGGAUUAG